UCUAUUUUUUGGGUGUUGGGACUUGGGAGGAAAGGAGAGAGAAGGAAGAAGAAGAAGAAGGAGAGAGAAGGAGGAGAAAAUUCGAAAUGGAAUGAUUGGGUGUAGCAACUCACACUGGUAGGAGUUUGGUAGUUGUUAGUAGCAGAAAGUGAAAGAGGGGAGAUGGUAAGAAGCAGUGUCGGCGUCUUCUCUAAUCGAAUCUUCAGUUUCUUUUUCUUCUUCUUCUUGGGUUCAGUUUGUUGAUGUUGUUGCUUUUGUUUUCUUACAUAUAAAGCAUAAUGUGGGGUGCUUGAGAUCCUCGGCGAUGAAUAGGGAAGAAGAGAUGCUGCCAUUUCUCGAGAUCCGCCGGAUGUUAAGAUGAAACAGCAUUUCAACACGGAGAUAGACCUAGGGUUUGGGUUUGGGUUUCUGUUUCUGUUUUUCUUUCAUUUCCAUCGGCAACGAGACCUGUCUUCUUCCUCCUCCUGGCUUCAUGACGACCAAGCGCGCAUAUAAGCUACAGGAAUUUGUAGCACAUUCUUCCAAUGUCAACUGUCUCAAGAUUGGGAGGAAGUCGUCGCGAGUUCUCGUCACUGGAGGAGAAGAUCACAAGGUUAACCUGUGGGCUAUCGGCAAGCCCAAUGCCAUCUUGAGUCUAUCUGGUCAUACCAGUGCAGUUGAGUCGGUGAGUUUUGAUUCUUCUGAAGUUUUGGUGGCUGCGGGUGCUGCUAGUGGCACAAUUAAGCUGUGGGAUCUAGAAGAGGCAAAGAUUGUUCGCACACUUACAGGACAUAGAUCCAAUUGCAUAUCAGUUGACUUCCAUCCCUUUGGUGAAUUCUUUGCUUCUGGCUCCUUAGAUACAAAUCUUAAAAUAUGGGAUAUCAGGAGGAAGGGAUGCAUCCACACAUACAAGGGCCACACAAGAGGUGUCAAUGCAAUCAGAUUUACCCCAGAUGGCCGUUGGGUUGUUUCUGGUGGAGAAGACAACAUUGUGAAGCUGUGGGAUCUAACUGCCGGAAAGCUAUUGCAUGACUUCAAGUGUCAUGAGGGCCAGAUACAAUGUAUAGAUUUCCAUCCUCAUGAGUUUCUGCUGGCAACAGGUUCAGCUGAUAGAACUGUCAAGUUUUGGGAUCUUGAGACUUUUGAGCUGAUUGGUUCAGCUGGACCUGAGACUACUGGGGUACGAUCUAUGACUUUUAAUCCUGAUGGAAGAACCCUGCUUUGUGGGUUACAUGAAAGUUUGAAGGUUUUCUCUUGGGAACCAAUAAGAUGUCAUGAUGCUGUGGACGUGGGAUGGUCUAGAUUAUCAGAUCUGAACAUUCAUGAGGGAAAACUUCUUGGAUGCUCUUAUAAUCAAAGUUGUGUUGGAGUAUGGGUUGUGGAUCUCUCGCGCAUAGAGCCAUAUGUAGCAGCUAGUGUCACCCGAUCAAAUGGUCAUCCAGAAUCAAAAUCAACGUCAAGUGGGAAUCUGUCUAUAUUAACCGACAGCAGCACAAAGGCUAGCAUGGCAAGGCUAUCAGUCUCACAAAAUUCAGAUCCUUUAAUCAAGGAAACAAAAUCUUUAGGGAGGUUGUUGGUUUCACAAAAUUCAGACCAUAUUGCUAAGGAGUCCAAACAGUUGUUAUCCACAGGAAGUAUUCCCAGUACUCCUCAAAGAGUGGGCCUAAAUUCUGGUCCAAAGACCACUACAACAAAUACAUCUACAGCACCUAGUACAACUCUGAAGAGGAGUGCUUCAAAGUCCCAUUCAACAACCAAUGUUUCGAUCUUCAACAAGUCAGAUGUAAUUCCCGUCAUUGUUCCCAGAACAAGUGCAAGGUUGGAGCAGGCUGCUGAAUCCCGUAAAGAAAUUAUUAGUGCUGGAAGAACAAAUCCACUCUCCAUGCAGUCAAAAACUACUGAUUUUCGGAAGCUGUCAAACAGCCGGGAUGAUUCAGAGAAGCAGAAUGUUUCUGUCCAACCUGGAACUAUAGGUUAUAGGAACACGGAAUUAAGUGAAGUUACAGACCAGAAUUUCCUUCCUGCUGGUGAUGGCUUAAACCCUGCAUUCUCUACAGCUGAAAGAAAUGUUAUGGAUAUUAGAUGCGUUGGGCUUGGGAAACAUGCAACAAAUACAUCAGUAGAGCCACCUUCUAGCUUCCAACACGAAAAUUAUGAUGCACGGUUGCCAAAAGUAAACCGGGAUGCUUGUUCUGUUGAAGUCCAAAAAGGAGGGAGGACACGUUCACUGGUUGCGAACUGGGAGAAGAGAGAAAGAUCUCCUUGCCACGAAGGACCUACAUUGAAUAAUUCCUCUGAAACAGCAUCUACUGUUAACUCAUUUAAUCAGAGAGGGUGCCCUCCGUCUGCUGAAAAAGAAACAGUAUCCGUGAGUGAUGAGGAUGUUAUUUCAGAUCUAAUGGAAGUACAUGAUCAGUUUGUAGGAUCUAUGCAGUCUCGGUUAACCAAACUACAGGUAGUCCGCAGGUAUUGGGAAAGGAAUGAUGUUAAGGGAGCCAUUAGCGCAAUGGAUAAGAUGUCUGAUCAUGCUGUCGUUGCUGAUGUAAUCAGCAUUUUAGCAGAAAAAAUGGAUAUGGUCACAUUGGAAAUUUGCGCAUGCCUCCUGCCCCUCCUCACAGGUCUUCUGGAAAGCAACUUUGAUAGGCAUUUAGGCAUUUCUAUGGAGAUGCUGCUGAAACUAGUCAGAACUUUUGGUUCUGUGAUCCAUUCAACAUUAUCAGCUUCUUCGUCUGUUGGUGUGGAUAUCCAGGCAGAACAGAGGCUGGAACGUUGUAAUGUCUGUUUUAUUGAGCUCCAAAAGGUCAAGCGCAGCUUGCCUUCACUUGUGAGAAGAGGAGGCUCGGUUGCAAAGUCUGCACAGGAGUUGAAUCUAGUUCUUCAAGAGGUUUCAUGAGCAAAAUAGCCAACACUAUACAGAUGGUGGCAAUUUGAUUGGAUAAGCUAUUGUUGGCUUGUUGCGUUGAAGGAGCAAGCUUGUGCAUUUUAAAGCUCUAAGCGCUCCAUGCAGCAUCCAAUUGUUUUCCUCCUCCCGUCUUGUCUGACCCUGUGUAUACAUGUUAAGAUGGGUCCUUAACUGCUACUGGAACAAACACCAAUGCUAAUGGACAGUUGUACAUGGCGUGUCGUUUGGCAGACACCAGGGUCUGGCUGAGAGGAAUCCAUGCCAGGUGAUAACUCUAACCCCACAUCCUUUUCUGGUUCUUCCAGCAACAUAUUGUUUUGUAAUUUUGCGCUGCACGAGUAAAAAGCCUGUGUCAGUUUCAUGAUUAUAUAUUAUAGAAAUGUACGUGUCAAACAAAAUGGAAUAUUUGCAUUUGGACUUCAUUUCUUGGUUGAAGUCCUGAAAGGGCAAUGAGAGAUUUAUGCAAAUGGUACUUGUAUUCACCACCCCCCUGGGGGAAGAUAAUUCAGUGCAUUGUUGUUUAAAUCAA